AAUAAAACGCACGCUGUAUACGAAACGUUUGUAUUUAUAAAAAAAAAAAGAACUUAAAAAAAAAAACGCAAGAAUAUAUUUUGAUGAAAAAGAAAAAAAAACCUUCUGUUUUAUAUCUUUGAUUUUUUUCGAAGGAAAAACACCAAGGCGUCGUCACGAGGGAAACGUCUCACCCUUCACAACGGAAACAUCGCGGAACGUCGUCGAAGCUUCGUUACAUCCGAAUCUCUCGGAUCUGUCGGGGCCGUGUGUGUUGUUCUUCUCUCUAUAAUAAAUUGUGUAACUUUAGGAGCGCGGCGAUACUCUUCUGCAACGACGUUCGCUUGUUAUAUAUAUAUUAUAUAUAAAAAAAAAAAAAAGAAAUGCGCGCGAUCCCUCCGCGCCAAGAAAGCGAAAGGGAUAAAUCGGCACGAUAAAAAUUCGCGGCCGCGGUCAAAUAUCGCCGAUGACUGAAUUAAAAUAGAUAGAAGCGGUAGUAAAUUGUCGGUAAAAACCGGAGAGAGAGAGACAAACGCGAAGCUACGAUCUUUUUUAGUGGGAGGUGCUAAAAUUAGAGGUGGCCGCGCGCGCGAUGUGUAAGUCGCGCGUUUUGUCGCGCUCCAGCUUUUUUCUUCGGACACUUUUAGAUAGUCCUUUGAGCCGAUAAGACAAAAAGAUUCCGGGGGUGCGGUUUGUCCAUAUCGAUUGAGACAAUUGUUGUUCUCAUCAUCAUGAUCGUCACGAUCGGCGGUCGAUUUUUUUGCGGACGGCGAGCAACGGACGUUUUCACGAUUCAAUAAAACGUUUCCGUGGUUUGCGAAAUCCUGGGGAAGAAGAAAUGUUCGCGCGUCGAUCGAUAAUCGGUCGAUCGUUAGUCGGAUAUCUAGCUGCGGUGUGCGUCGUAUCGCUGUCGACGAACCUCGUCGCGCAAAUCGAAGGAAGAAAAUGCGUGUGCACGAGCAAAGUCUGCAAGGAAGCUGGAGUGGACACUUGUAGAACGAGAUUCUUCUGUUACACCGAACUUAUUUUGACAAACGAACGAGAAGUCGGUGAAAAUACAAUUACAAGAGGAUGCACAGAGGGUGCCACGCCAUUGUUGUGCGAGACAAAGUCCUCGGUCACGGGGUCGCGAUCGGUCAACGUCGUCGUGGAACCGCCGUCAGUCAGUUCCCGGAUUCUCGCAACCUGGCCCAGAUUGAAAUGUUGCGACAGCCACAAUUAUUGCAACGCCGCCGCCGCCGCGUUCGACGACGAUGAGGAGAAUGUGAAUCCGUGGACCGGCGAGAAAAAAACUCAAAUAAAUCAGACGCGUUUCUUCCGAGAUCGCAAAUUAUCAAACAGCAAUCUAGGGAAUCGCUACGUGACGCAGUCCGAUCAGAAGUACGGGGGAGAUCCGACGGAAUCAGCCGAUCAACUUCUGCGAAAUCGCGUCAAGGCGCUGCACGUUGCCGCCCUCGUCCUCGCCUUCGCGGCCCUCAUAUCCGUCCUGGCGUCCUGCUACGUGGUUACGAGAUUCCUGAAGAGCAAUCGGUACGUAAUGGACGCGGUGUAAAUUAUUUAUGAUUUAAUGCCGAGAGAUGCGUGUGUGUUGCGACACUUUACGGACUUUGCGGGCUUUUCUCACCUCGAGACGAUAAGACGAAUUGUGAAAAAAAAAUACAGAUCGUCCGCAGCGGGUUCGUGACGUAUUAGUGUGGAAAAGAUGCGUAUCGCGUUUGGCGCUCUAUAUGCGUAAUACGCACGUAUUGUUUCUCUCGUACAGUUUGUGCGUCGCAAAAUUGAUCUUGAACACGCGUUUGUUCACACGCCGCGGAUGUAAUUCUUGACUUGAUUGUACACCGCUGAUCGACUAACGAACAGAAAAUAUAUAAAUAGAAGCUGUGCGGGAGAUAACUGGUGCCGACAGGCUGGCCGAGUCUGUAUUAAAGCGAUUUUUUGUUACGCUCACUGGAUAGCUUUCAAGUUCCAGCAGCCGCGUGUCGGCCAGCACGGCGCUGUCGGAUCGCAAGCGAUUGAAUAUCGCGCGCUAAUAAUAUUAUCGAGGACAGAGACGUGUAUUCUACAGAAUUGUUUUCUAUAGAGAAAUUUUCUAUAAAAAUUAUUAACGAAACUGAAUGCAUCUUAUAUUGCUUAAACAUUAUUUUG